ACUGAAAGAGCCCUGGCAGGGUCCACCCAAAAAUCCCUCUACCAAAAAGUUGUCUGCCUGGCCAACCGACCGGGCAGCGUGAUCUCGGACUUCGACCUCGUAUUCAACGAAAGCGCAAACCUAAAGAUCAUCCAGGACACGCUCGACAACAACACCCGGAGGCCGGAUGGGACCUAUCUCUUUGGGGAUCUCCAAAGCAACAGCCCUCCUUCCGGGAGGGCAUCGACGGCGACAACCACCGCCGAACCCAUUCUGAUCACCAAGGUGUCGACGGACAGGGCAUCUCGCCUCUUCUGGGAGGUCACGGUGCCUUCUAUUGCCGACAAGAAAAGCUUCACGGCAGCCAUUCCACCCACUUGGGUCUCCCUCCAUCGCGGUCGGCUGAAGAAAGGCAAAAGCCUUGAAAGAACGGUUUUCACCCUACUCCAUCCUCCACUCUCCUCCUCCGACAGGGCUGGCCCUGCUGAUCCUGAUCAUGCUGUGCUGCACUGCAAACGCAAAGGGCUGCUGUUGCAAGGCCUGCAGCGGCAA